AUGGCGGCCUCCGUCUGUUUUCGAUUGUCAAAGUCGAAAGGACUUUUAUCGACAGCGACUUCGUCAAGAACCUGCGGAUGUCAGUUCUCCUGGAGACUUUUCAACCGAAACCUCAGUACAUCUACAGCACUGCAAUCAAAGGACUUAUAUUGGAAUGACAGAGCUGAUCCCAAUGAGAAGACUUUUGAUAAGAUUCUUAUUGCCAACAGAGGAGAAAUAGCAUGCCGUGUCAUUCAAACUUGUAAACGCUUGGGUAUCAAGACUGUUGCUAUACACAGUGAUGUGGAUUCAAGAUCAGUACACACACUCAUGGCUGAUGAAGCUGUCAAUGUUGGCCCUGCUCCUACUAGCCAGAGUUACCUCAACAUGGAUGCCAUUCUGAAGGCUGUGAAAGACACUGGUUCUCAGGCAGUUCAUCCUGGGUAUGGGUUUUUGUCAGAAAACACAGUGUUUGCUGCCAAACUGGCUGAAAUUGGAGUUGAGUUCAUUGGUCCUAGCAGCAGCUCAAUUCAUGCUAUGGGGGAUAAAAUUGAGAGCAAGAGAAUUGCGACCAAAGCUGGCGUGAAUAUGAUUCCAGGACACGACGGUGAAGUUGAUGAUGUUGAUGCUUGUGUCAAAUACGCCAAUGAAAUAGGAUAUCCGGUCAUGAUCAAGGCAUCAGCUGGUGGUGGUGGAAAAGGCAUGAGGAUUGCAUGGAAUGAUCAGGAGGCAAGAGAUGCUUACCGGUUGAGCAAGCAGGAAGCUUCAUCCAGCUUUGGCGAUGAUAGGAUGUUGAUUGAAAAAUUUAUAGAUAACCCGAGACAUAUAGAAGUCCAGGUUUUGUGUGAUAAACAUGGAAAUGCAUUGUGGCUGAAUGAGAGAGAGUGCUCCAUACAACGUAGAAACCAGAAAGUCAUCGAGGAAGCUCCAAGCACUUUCCUUGAUCCAGACAUGAGGCGAGCUAUGGGAGAACAAGCCACACAACUGGCAGCAGCAGUGGGAUAUACAUCUGCAGGUACAGUGGAGUUUCUUGUUGACUCAAAGAAGAACUUCUACUUCCUGGAGAUGAAUACCCGCCUUCAAGUUGAGCAUCCUAUUACUGAGUGUAUUACAGGCAUUGAUCUCGUCCAUCAGAUGAUUCGGUCUGCUAAAGGGCACAAGUUACUCCACAAACAGUCAGACAUCCCAAUAGACGGCUGGGCAUUUGAAUGCAGAGUUUACGCUGAGGAUCCUUAUAAAAGCUUUGGUAUGCCGUCUAUUGGUAGACUGACCAAGUACAUGGAGCCAACAUAUAUUGACAAGGUGCGAUGUGACAGUGGAAUCAAAGAGGGCAGUGAAAUCAGUGUUUACUAUGACGCCAUGAUUUGUAAGCUGGUGACCUAUGGUAAAACUAGACAAGAAGCUUUGGAUGUGAUGGUGAAUGCUCUGGACAACUAUGUGAUAAAAGGUGUAACACACAAUGUUCCUCUACUGAGAGAUAUUUGUACAGAGGAAUCGUUUGUAGCUGGUGAUAUAAGUACUGAUUACCUUCCCAAGAUCUAUCCAGAUGGCUUUACAGGGAAGCAGUUAAGUGCCAUUGAAAACAGUAAUCUUGCUGCCAUGGCAACCAUCAUCUUCAUCAAGGACCAAAUUGUAUCUCGUAAUUUCUUAAAUCAGACCAGAAUGUCCAUGUCAUCAGACCCGUCUACAGUAUGGUCACUUAGUGUCCAGAUUGGUGGUCAAUCUGUUCCAGUUUCUGCCUCUUGUGGUGGUGGCUACAUUACGGUGGAUUGUAACGGACAAACUAUGUCUAUACUUGAUAAUCUCGAUUUCUCCUCUCCUCUGCUCGAAGUCAUCAUCAAUGAUCAGCCAACAGUCAUUCAGUUAACACAAAGACUUGGAGCUGGAAAAUACAAGCUGCGCUACCUCGGCACCGUGUUCCCUGUGACCGUGAUGGAUACGUUUGCCAGUGAAAUGAUGAAGUACAUGCCUGAGCGGGUGCCCGACGAUCUCCCUACCAUGGUCAAUGCCCCAAUGCCUGGAGUCAUCAAGAGCAUUGCUGUGGAGGUUGGCCAACAGAUUGGUGAAGGCCAGGAGGUUUGUGUCCUAGAAGCCAUGAAGAUGCAGAACAGUUUAGUAGCUGGUGUGACUGGCAAGGUUAAGAAGAUUUUCUUCCAACAGGGAGCAACGGUUGAUGAAGGGGAUCUCAUUGUAGAACUGGAGGAGGAGAUUAAAAAAUGACUGGAUUAAAUAUUUCAUAAUUUAUAUGGACAUUUCAGAUAAAAGAGAACAAUGAUUUUUUGUGAUAUUGAUAAAUCAUAACACAAAACAAUUAUGAUUGAGAGUCGAGAUUGAAAGUAUUUUGUGAGAAAUGAAAACAAAGUUCUAAAUUUAGUAAACUAUGAUGGGUUUACUUGAUUAUCAAGUCAUGAGAUAUGGUCAGAAAUUGGAUGGAAAAUCUGUGUUACGUUGAUUGAUGAGUAAUCAUGACUAGUUACCUCAGUAUCAGGUUUUGGGUUGUUUACCAGUUUAUACCAGACAGAGAUUAGGAAAUUAUACUCUUCACUGAACAAAUGACAGUAAGAAAUUUAAACUGUAUGGAAUAUCAUGACACUGUUAUUUUUGCACCUUUUUUGAUUUUUUUUAAUGAACAUAAAUUGAAGUCUAUUGUUAGGCUUCAUGCUAGCGAACCAUGUGUAAUAUUGGUGACAGUGAAAAUGUUUUUGAUAAAGAAUAUACAUUUAUAAUUAAAUCUGUUUGAUGAUGUUACUGUUUGUUUUACUGCCAGGCUAUGUACCUAGUGAUAUUUUUACAGUAGAUUUAGUGAAGAUACACACUGUACUGUUCCAUUACAUUGACACUUUCCAUUACAUCAAGGAGAGAAAAUUUUCAUAUCAAGGAGUUGAUGUAUUCACAUACUGGUUUUUAUUUUUACAUUAACAUGUUUCUUAUCUAAACUAUUCAUCUCUAAAGGAGUACAGGGGACCAAGAAAAAGAUUUCUUGAACUAUCCAUGUCUUUGAAUUAUUCUGUGGUUCAUCAAACCGUCGUAGCCGUCAACGGUAGUUAACAGCUGUAUACUGAAUACAGUUAGAUCUGUCUAUAAAGACCAUCUAAGGGAGCAGAAAAUGGUGGCUUCUAUGUACAAGUGGUCUCUUCUAUGGACAGGUAGUGAUCUGUAUAGGCAGGUGGCCUUUAUAUACAGGUGAACAUUAUGGAGGUUUAAUUACUAUGAUUUCUGUUGCAAUUAAUAGUCUUUAUAUGCAGAUAUUUUUAUGCAGGUGGCUUAUAUGGCGGGUUAAGUAGUAAUAUUUUUUUGAUAAGGAUGAAUUUAACAUGAAGGUUCUCUCCUUGUUGAACAUUAAUAUAAAAUUGUAAAAAAUUUGUUGUUAUGAAGUAGUUUUAAUCUUGUGACAAAAGUACAUGACUGGGAUAGUUAUAAAUGGUGUUUAUCAUCAAGUAGAGUGGAACCUUACAAGGUUUCUGAAAAUUUUUAUUGAAAAAACAAAAGAACAAGGAUACAAAAACCUGUACCUUGUUAUACUGGUCCCCUUUAGUUAUGCUAAUACUGAACACUUGUGGAAUAAACUGAAAAAAGCCUUGAUGGGUAAAAAAAAUGCUUGGUAAUGCUAUGCUGCAAAUGACAUUGCGUAAUGACAUCAUUCUUCAAGAUAACUUAUAAAAUAUAAGACAAUUGUAUUAGUAGAACUAUUGGUUAUCAAAUAUAAUGCGAUAGCUGUGGUAGAUAUACCUUCCCUUGUUCGUUUUAUGACUAGCUGACUCUUGAUAACUCUCUUUAUUUUGUUUACAAAUGAUAUUAACUUAAACAUGAUUACCAACUAUCAAACAAAUUGCAAAGGAUUUUCUAUUUCCCAAGAUCUAUAACCUUGACUUCCCAACCCCUCCACCACUACCACCCAACCCCUCCACCACUACCACUCAACGCCAUCUAAGAACUGUACCCGCACUCUUCAUGGGUUUUUUGUUGAGUUAGUUGAACUUCCAUUUAUUAAUAGUGUAAUUAUUAUAGAGAGAUGAUGUAUGGUAUGAUUGUAUUUAUCAAUUCAGUGCUAUGUAUGUCAAGUGUACAUAAACAGUGUGUUUUAAGAAUGAUUUGUAUAAAUCCUGUAUAUUUCCAGAGUUAUGGAUGAACCUCACAAAGUCAUAACAUCAACUAAGAUUAACUGACAAGUGUCCUUAUUAGGAAAGAUUCAGGCUGUAUUUGAAAGACAUACCUGUAAAAAUAAGCUGAAAUGGCUUUAAUUUUUGUCAGAUUUUUGUACAACACAGAAAGUGUUAAUGACAUAUAGUGCUGCACCUGAAUUUUAGCAAAAGGAAUGAUAAUAAAAUUAUUAAUCCUAGUUGGAAAUUUUUACCUGGUGGAGUGUCUGCUGACACUCAUAUUUUCACCCGCUAAUUGUCUGUUUAUUGAAAACAUGUGAUAUUUGACAUAAUUCUUAUGUUUUGAGAAUAUAUCAACUUUUUUGUGGUGGAAUAAAAUACUUUUUAGAAUUGUAAA